CAAGACGUAUUUUGUCAUGUUUAUCCUGGACCAAUAAGAUGGUGCGUUCCCUUCUUCCAUCCAGUUCUCUUUAGUGUUUGCCAAUGUUGGAGGUGUAACUGGGGUCUGGCCCUGGACAAAGGAAUAGAGCAUGGCUCAAAUGAAAGUACAGACCGCAGCGCCCCUGGCUGGUCCUGGCCUCUCCCCUGGAGUUUCUCCGACGGCCAUGGCCAGCCCAGGACCCCUGGGUCUGCAGCCCUCUGUCAACGGCACAGGCCCAGCCCCCACACCCGCCUGCCCUGCUCCUGCUGUCGGAUAUGGGGACACAAACCUUCCUGUGUCUGCCACACCACCAGGCUCGCCCCAGGAGGACAUGGCAAACCCUAAAGAGAAAACUCCAAUGUGCUUGGUGAAUGAGUUAGCCCGUUUCAACAGGAUCCAGCCACAGUACAAGCUCCUCAAUGAGAGAGGCCCUGCACAUGCUAAGAUCUUCACGGUGCAGCUGACUCUUGGGGAACAGGUGUGGGAGGCAGAGGGCACCAGCAUUAAGAAGGCCCAGCACUCCACUGCUGCCAAAGCGCUGGCCGAGAGCGUCCUUCCCAGGCCCGCGCCCCGCUCGCCUAAAGUCGACGUCAACAGCAACCCAGGCAGUAUAACGCCCACCGUGGAGCUGAACGGUCUUGCCAUGAAGAGAGGGGAGCCAGCUAUAUACAGGCCCCUGGAUCCCAAACCCAUCCCCAACUACAGAGCUAAUUACAACUUCAGAGGGAUGAUUAACCAAAGGUACCAUUAUCCUGUCCCUAAGAUCUUCUACGUGCAGCUCUCUGUGGGGAGCCGGGAGUUCAUCGGGGAAGGACGCACCCGCCAAGCAGCGAGGCACAACGCUGCCAUGAAAGCCCUCCAAGCACUUCGCAAUGAACCGAUCCCUGAACGGCCACCACAGAGUCCAGAGGAAGAAGUGGAGACACAGGAAGGAACUGAUGCCAGCAAAUCAGAGAUUAGCCUCAUCUAUGAAAUCGCCCUCAAAAGAAACUUAUCUGUUAACUUUGAGGUGUUAAAGGAGAGCGGUCCGCCUCACAUGAAAAGCUUCCUGACCCGCGUCACCGUCGGAGAGUUCUCUGCCGAGGGCGAGGGGAACAGCAAGAAGCUGUCCAAGAAGCGUGCCGCUCUGUCCAUCCUGCAGGACUUGAAGAAGCUCCCCUUCAUACCGACUGUGGAGAAACCCAAGACGCACUACAAGAAACGCACCAAGACUAUCCUCAAGACGGGACCUGACUACGGUCAGGGCAUGAACCCAAUCAGCCGAUUAGCUCAAAUCCAGCAGGCCAAGAAGGAGAAGGAACCAGAGUACCAGCUGCUAUCGGAGAGAGGGAUGCCGCGACGUAGGGAGUUCGUCAUGCAAGUGAAGGUGAAUAACGAGGUUACCACGGGAACGGGACCCAACAAGAAGGUGGCCAAGCGGAACGCCGCUGAGGCAAUGCUGCUGCAGCUGGGAUACAAGGCCUCCACGGUCUCUCCAAAUCCCUCAGAGAUGGACAACAAAGGCUGGAAUGGACAAAAGGCGCCUUUUACCGAAGCAACGAGUAACACCCAGAAGGGUCUGCUCCACCUCAGCCCCGACGUCUACCAGGAGAUGGAAGCCAGCAGGAAGCAGAGUGGCAGCAUACCGGUCACCGGCAGCAGCAGCACCAUCGGAGGGUCCAUCAAUUACGUUGCAUCCAAAGACUCGGGGUCCUGCUCUGCCCCUCUGCCCCCAGGACAUUCUCCAUAUUGCUCGUCCUCCUCACCCAGCCCCACUGCUACCAUGGCCAGAGAGCUGCUGCUUAAUGGCCAGUCACCUCCAGCAGAUGGGUCGCUGCCCGUAAAGGGGAAGAACCUGGCCUGCAGUGUUUCUGUGCAGCCGGCGCAGCAGCUGGAUUACCUGGCUCACCUCCAGGACUUCCAGGUGCAGUACAGCGAUGCGCAGAGCGGGAAGGAUUUUGUGACCUAUCUGACCCUGUCCCCAGUGCAAAUGACUUUCCACGGCACCGGGAGCACCCUACAAGCCAGCCAUGACCAGGUCAAGUCGGACAAAUUCGUUGAGGAGCAUGAGCUUACUAUUUUGCCCAUUUGUAAGUGAAGCCACUCCAUCGCUUGAACUUCGUUUGGAAAGCCCAGCAGUGAUGCAGAGACUUUGCAAAGUCUAGCAGAGACCAGUAGAAAAGGCAACUGCUGGCCAGGUCUUCAGAGGUCCCCCAUGGAGCCGAGCAGAACAGUGGGAGAGGGAGCUGCGGAGGGCCAGAGGUUGAACAAGCCUUGCGUUUGAAGUCUUCCUCCCCGACUGCCCCGCAGACGUUACCCCAGGCCGGGCUCUUCUCGGGGGGUCCCGCUAGAGUGUUACCCAACCAGGCCGGCAGCUGUCGGACGGCUUCUACUCCCUGCUUAUCUGUCUUGCUUGUCUCGUUUUUAUGUACCAGGGUUGUGUAACCAAGCUCAGCACCUGGAGGUGUCCUAAAUCAUUAAAAUGCCGAAAAUAUCCACAUUGAACCGUUUAAAUGUGAAAGUUUUUUAUUCAUUUAUUUUUUUAUUUUUUCAGUAGGUGACCAGUCUUGCUAGAAUUAAUCCUUUAAUUUUUGUCAUUGUACUUCUAAACCCAUACAUAAAGUCUGGAUAUUAAUGAGGUUAUGCAACUGUCAGUGUGCAUUAUUUAUGGAGAUAUUGACAGCUGCGGGACUGUGGUGGAAAAACCAGGAGAAAGAGGUGUUUUCAUCUCUGGAUGCCGUUGAACAUCCUUCCAGUUCAAAAGUACGAUUAAAAACAAGCCAAGGAAGUUUGGAGAUAAAACUAAACAUUUGCCAGACAUCAAACCGCAGCUGAGCGAAGUGAUCCAAGAAUUUGGCUCGCGGGAGCAUUCAUCUGUUGCUUCUAUGUGCCGAGCCAGUCUGCAAACUCCUUUAGGCCCAGAUUCACAACAUUACUGAGAAUAGUCACUGCGGAGCGCCACUUAAAGCUGCAGCUGGAAGACCCGACUUUCCAUAAAUGCUUAACAAGGCCUGGACUUUAUCGUCCCAUCACCACCCUGUUCCCGCCUCGGAGUGAGGACAAAGUGAAGCGUCCGCCGAGUGAUCCAUCACUCCCGCCUGUCUUCCCGCAUGCCCUCCUCAGGAAACACCUUUCAGACCGAGAGAUUAGAGGGUGACUGGAGAGGAGAGGAGUAGUGAAAGAAUGAUGGAGGAGGAAUAAGAAUGGGUAAACGACUGGAGAGGGAUGACGGGAAAGGGAGAGACUGGACAGAAACUGAUUAAGUGGGCACCCCGAAGAUUGAUGAGCAGAAGAAAUGAGAAAAUAGAGGAUAAGCAUGACGGGUUUUUCUUUUUUUUUCUUCUUCUUCUUCUUCCUUUUUUUUUGCACUCUACAGGAAGAGAUGACCUAUGGGGAGAGAAUAAACAUGAACUUGGCCAUUAAAGGAUGUGAUGAUAGCUUUAAGUGGCCCCUUGGAACGUCAGUUUGUCUAUAAAGUGUGGACACGCUGUGGAACAAAACACGCACCGUAUCGAAUGUCUUUUUUUUUUUUUUUUUACUUCUGUACAAUAUAUAUAGUAAAUAACACAAUAAAGUUGCUAAUAUUAAAUAUGUAGUAAUGAAUAUUUGAUCUGAUUUUUUUUAAAAUAUUAACUUUCUUUCAUACAUACUGCUUAGUGUUCAGUAUGUUGCGCCAGUUUGUCCAUUUCCUUCAGGAUGGUAAUGCUUCUAAAUAAAAAAAAAUAAAAAAUCUGAAAAGUGUGGCUUGCAUUACCUUUCAGUCCCAUUUUUAUCCUUGUACUUAUCAGAUCCAGAAGUCGCCUGAUUAAGAAGAAGACUCAGCCUUUGUUUGAAUUUAAUCUCGGUAUAAAACCAGCUGAGGUUUGUUGGUGAACUUUGGAGAACAAACAGUGUCAAUAAAACCAAGAGACACUGCAGAUGGAUCAGAGAUUUAAAAAAGAAUUAAAUAAUUAGAAUGGACUAAAGAUGGGCCAUGACAUAAAACAGAAUUACAAACUUUGGAUUCAAUCUUCAUCCAGAAACGGAAAGCCAGAAGAUCCACGAUAACUGCAAAGAUUUACAGCUUAUGUAGAGGAAUCUGUCGACAGGCCAAUUAUUAGUUCUGCACAAAACAAGUUUUCACAAAAAAACAUGUCUUGGCUCAUCAUAGUAAAAAAAAAAAAAAAAAAGCCACUCUGAUUAAGAAUUGUAAAACUGUCUUUUAACUAUGAUAUUAUUGUGAAUUUUAAAUGUGCAUUUAAUGUGCACCACUCUUUCCCGUGUUGUUUAUAAACCUGCCAGUCCCGUGUGAUUCCUCAAGGCAACCUAAGGUGCUAGAUUCAUUAUCACAUUCCUGUUAAGAGGAACAACAUGUUUGGCAGUGGCCUUGCUGUCCUCAGUGCCAUUAGGCUGCACGUGUGAUUUCCCACACAUGCAAAUUUGGUGUGGCUAAAGGUCUGUAAAGCAAUCACACCUUUCUUAACUCAUCACCUCCGUGGGAGGCAUCAGCCAACCGGGCUGCUACCAUCCGCUCUUUGUAGUGUCUCUGGCUCAUUACCUUAAUGUCAUUUGAUCCUGAGUGAUAGUCCGCUUUGCUGAAAAGGUCCCCCAGAUAAGGACUACAUAUUAAGUUUUUUUUUCAAACCUUCUGCUUUAUCUUUCCAACCCAACCAAGCGAAAACGUGUGAGAUCUGUCACCUGUGGGGAGAUCUUUUUUUCUACUGCAAACUCGCCACGGUUUUCACUCCUCAAAGGUUUAUAAUACGGCUUUGUUUCUUAAUUGGCAUUAUGCAACUCUCGUUUCAUUGUAACUGACCUCACGUCGCAAAAAAAAAAAAAAAAAAAAGUCACAGGUAUAUCUUCAAAGCCUUUGCAAUCCACCGACCUUUGCAACCUUAAGGAUUCCUUUGAGUUCUUUAAAUGUAAUCCAUUUUAAUACAACGCUGCCAGUCUUAUGCCAAACUGUUGUGCCAAAUCAUGACACCAAUUUGUAUAAAGCUGUCAGAUAUCUUGUUCCACCCCUAAAUUCCAAUAAAAUGCAUGAAUUGGAUUUCAAUAAAGCGACAUCCAGUGCUGUCAGUCCUAUUUGAAACUGUGCAAGACGAUCUUCUUUAUUAAAAGAAAGAAAAACGCUUGAUAUGGGA